AUGCCACCGAAAAGAAAAUACAAUGAUGAAUACAUUAAAUUUGGUUUUACCGAUAUUACAGUGAAUAAGGAAGUAAGACCACAGUGCGUGAUUUGUACAACAGUUCUCAGUAAUGAUGCACUAAAACCUGCAAAAUUAGAUGCAACAGCAUCGUUCCAAGAAUUUCACAACUGCACCCCAGAAGACACUUUAUUGUUGACUAACAAUGAACAAGAGGAUAAUCCGAUUAUUGGCAGGAAAAACCAGAGUAAAACUGUUGAAAGUAGAUGUUCAAAAGAACUACCAAACUGUAGAGCAAAAUGUAAUUCAAAAAUUGACGAUGAAUUACGUGAGAAAUUAUUUGCUGCAUAUUGGUCAAUGAAAAACCACAAUAGAAGAACUGAAAUAUUUCUGGAUUAG